AUGGCCGAAAUUAUAGAGGUAUUCCUUAUGAGAAUAACAAACUUCGAAGAAGAGUUACGUAAAUCUCCUCAUUCAAUUCCCAAUACUGCAUCACUUGCUGCGGAGUUCACUUCAUUCAAGGCUUUUGUGGUCCAAGCACUUAGCAGUCUACAGCAGCAAGUGGAGCUCCUGGCCCAUACUGUGGAUCAGUUAGAAGUAAGGAGUCGUAGGAAAAUGCUUCUAUUUCAAGGUAUACCAGAGAACUCAAAAGAAAAUACUGCUCUUACACCGUGA